AUGGCAUUUGCACCUCGUAUUCUUCUUCGUGCCUCGCCCUUGGCACAUGCGGCUCGUCAUGCAGCCUCUGCUUCAGUUCCAAGGCCCCUGUUUGUAGCACCUCGGUUCGCAGGGUUAUCAUCAGUGGGAGCAUCGGCUCGUCGUGGAUUUGCUUCUCAACCUCAGGCAUCUGGAGGUCGUAGUGGUGGAGGUGGAGGAUCUAGCAUCGUUAUUGCUCUUAUUUCUGCAGCUGCUGGUGCUGGUGCCUACCACUACUAUGCUAAUAUGGACAAUAAAGAGGAUGCGAAUGGAGAGAUUGUGUCCACGACGACCCCCAUGACACAAGAUCAGAUCGUUGUUACUUGCUAA